AUGUCGUCCAGGGCAAGCGAGGAGAAUUAUCUCUCGCCAAAGCCAUGGAGAGCUGGAGAUCCUUGGAGAGCGGCAACCAAGCUGCCAGGCGCUUAUCCACCAUCGCCCGAACCCGGUGAAAUCGACCACUCCGGACCUCAAUCACUAUCCGCUGCUGUGAAGGCCCGGAAGGACGAAUACAUCCGCAAGAAGUCGAUGAAAAUCAAAGUCGGCACUUGGAAUGUUGCUGCCCUCAGUGGGACCGAAAAGGACCUGGGUUCCUGGUUCGUCAGUGGAUAUGGUGUCAGGGGCCUUUCGCAGGAUUUAUCGGGUCGCCCGGUCGAGGACAGUGACGACGAUUCUGACAGUGACAGAAACGUCGAGUCUGUCGAGGCUCAAGAAGCACGUGUGGCAAGGACAAGAAAGAGUGUCACCAUCCCCCUGAAUGAUGCUCCGGCCGAGCCCCAUGACGAGCAGAUCGACCUGUACGUGCUCGGGCUACAGGAAGUUAUCGAUGUGACCUCCAUGACCGAAGCCAUCAAACCUUACACAGACCCAAACCCGGCCAAGAAGUGGAAGAAGGCUUUAAGGCGAGCUUUGCCGAAGGGUUAUAAGAAAGUGGCGGAAGAACAACUAUUUGGUCUGCUCCUCCUAAUUUUUGCGUCUCCUGAAUUGGCACCCAGCAUCAGUUCGGUAAGUACCACGUCCGUCGGAACUGGUCUGAUGGGGUACUUCGGCAAUAAAGGUGCUGUUGCCGCGAGGCUCGUGGUGGCGGAGGCGACCAAGCUCUGUUUUGUCAAUUGUCACCUGGCUGCCGGCGCAGAUCAAGCAGCAUUGGCUCGCCGCAUCUGGGACACCGGUCAAAUUUUGAGCAAAGCCCGGUUUUCCCCCGUCAUGGAUAGCGAGGUCAUUGAGCCUAGAGAGGAAAAGAUCGGGGACGAGGACUUUGGAUUCUGGUUUGGCGACCUCAACUAUCGUCUGGACGAUGUUCCUGGUGAGGAUGUCAGAAGAUUGCUAUUGCUACACACACAGAAUGAGUACGACGUCCAGAACAAAUCGAAGCGCAAAAUCGAUAGUGAGCUAGGUUACGUGAGUGCCUCGACCAGCGAUUCGCAACUACCAGCUCCACACCCGCGCUACGAGUACAAAGACGAAGAAAGGCCAGCCAGCGAAAGCACCGCCGAACCAGAACUGGAUCCAAAAUCCGACCCUGCUUCACUCCACACCACCCUUCAGUCUCUGCUGGCUCACGACCAACUACGCGCACAACAAAAGCUGGGCAAGGCAUUCCACGAAGGAUGGAGGGAAGGAGACAUUACCUUUUUGCCCACUUACAAGUAUGACGUGGGGAGUGUUGGGAUGUUCGACUCGGGAGACAAGAAGAGGAGUCCGAGUUGGUGCGACAGAAUCCUAUACAGAACCCGUCGCGACAAGGACAUUUAUGACGAGAGGGCCAGGCAGCUCGCGGAAGCACGCAAGAAGGAUGCUUCGAUGAAAGCCCGCGGCAUUGACGAAGCCAGCGCGGAGCACGACGUAUUGUUUGAUUAUGAUCCCGACACGGAUGGACUUGCGUACGGCGACGAUUACGACGAAUACGACGAGACACAGGAUGUACUGCAUGAUGCCGAACUAGUGCAGUCACACGAGGACUAUGGAGACAUGAUCGAACUCAACAACUAUAUGUCACACCAGCGGAUACUCUCAUCUGACCAUAAGCCCCUAAAUGCCGUUUUCACCAUACUGUACGAUGCCGUCAUCCCAGAACUCAAGGCAAAAGUGCAUCAAGACGUCGCUAAACAGCUGGACAAGGCAGAGAAUGAGGGUCGUCCAUCGGUAACAGUGGUAGUGGACAAUCAUUCCGAUGAUCGGAUACCGAACACUGACGGUGCGGCAGACAUGAAUGUCGUUCACUUUGGUGAAGUUCGAUACGGUGUCAGGAAGAUGAGGAUGGUCACUAUAGCGAAUACGGGACAAAUCAGCGCCACAUUUUCCUUUGUGGAACAUCCACUAGACUCGGGCAAAGAUGCACGUGCCGUCCCGAGAUGGAUUGAACUGAGCGUCGAACCUGGCUCGAUCCGUCCCUCAGAGGGCGGUGAGCACAAAGGGACACGCGAAAUCGUCUUGUCGCCCGGCGAAACCACGGUGGUCGACCUGACCAUUGAUAUUUCGGAUGGCGAGUUGGUACACGACUUGAAUAACGGAAAUGCAGAUCUUGAUGACGUGCUUGUCCUCAGAGUCGAGGACGGUCGAGAUCACUUCAUCCCGAUCAAGGGCACAUGGCUUCAGUCGUCGUUCUUCCGGACACUGGACGAGUUAGUGCUGGCCCCCGAAGGUGGUGUGCGACAGUUUUCUCGGCCCCAGAAAGCCAAUGGGUCGGCACCAAACACGGAGACCACAAACUCGGCUGCUCAUCAUUCAGCGCCCAAGGAGCUGUAUACCCUCACUGAAAUCCUGCCGAUUUAUAUCGAGAGAUCAACAGCAGAAUGGGGGAUGUUGCACGAAGGGGAAACGCCGCCAUGGCAAUAUGAGACUGGAGGAGCAUCUUGGCCUUUCAGUGCUAGCACUUGGACCUUGCCAGAGGGCGAAGAACGGUCCGAACUGUUGAUCGGAGUCAGGGAGGCAUUAGACAACGCAAAGCGUUUGGACAUAAAUUUCAGGCCGGAUGUCCCAAGUAUCGUUCGGCUGGAAGUGCUUGCCGAGACCCUUAUCUCCUUCCUGCAGUCCUUGAGGGACGGUAUAGUCCCGGCAGGCCCGUGGGCCGAGAUCGAGAGAAGACUGAGCUCUUUGGAAAAGGGAAAGACGCAGCUAACAUCACAAGAGAUCCAGGAUAUGGUCAUGGACGCAUUGUCUUCUUCUGCGGUCCACAGCGUGUCGCUAACGUUUAUCACAUUCUUGCUCAUUAGGAUUGUCAAUGAGAUGAUGACGAACGGUGGUCCAGCGCCCGGAUCGGCCACCCCAACUACACCGACCUCGUCCAGUCGAACCUCCUUUGCUGGACGGUCGAGAGCGUCCACUGUCUCCACGGACUCCGGUUACCGGCAUUCGGCACCUACGCCAGAAACAUCCAGCAAGAGAAGUCUCUUUCCGGCCCUGCGCCGACGCCGUACUAAUAGCAUCUCGUCUUCGUCGGCGACAUCGGAGACGGGUGCAGAGACGGAAGCAGCGAUUGCAGAACGACGAAAGAAGCUGGUCACUGCAUACGUUGAGGUAUUUGCACCUGCCGUUUUCAGGGCUGAAAAUGAAGCACGGCUGAAAGGGAAAGACAAGAAGGCAUUGGACGCUCGGAAGAGACGAAUACUCGAAGCAUUUCUGGGCGAAAGGCAAUUCUGA